AUGUCGCUGAAGCGAUUUGUUCUUGCUAUUAUGGCAGUGUACGCAUUCGAUCACUUGCGCCUCCCAACGAACGAUGCAAUCCGCAAAAUGCUAGAGAUGAACGCUUCGCGUGGCUGCCCGGGGAUGAUUGGGCACUUAAUUGCCACAUGUCUGCCAAACCGAGCAGCUUGUCUGCUUCAACUUGGCGAGUUCGAGGAGUGUAUCAGGGAUUGUUCAAAAACGUUAUCGUAUCUGCCGGUGCAUGAAGUGGUAGAGGAAGAACUAGCCAAGUGCAUGGAGGCUUUGUUUUUCAAGGAGCUUCAAAAAAAGCUACAGUAG